AUGGAAAACUUAAGAAAAAUAUCAUAUAACAGAACUAUUACUAAAAGAGAAAUUGAUAAAAUAUUAAUAAAUUGCUCAAAAAAAAGAUAUUUACAUUAUAAACAUAAAAAUGAUUUAUAUGAAAAACCAUUAACUAAUGUAAAAUUGAUAAAUAAAAAGCAACCUUUUAAUUUUUUAACAUCUGACUUACUAGAUAAAAGGAUUAGUUUUAUGAAUAGAGGUAACAUCCGUUAUUUUUCAAGUGAUGUACAAUAUAAAAAUUUAUACUUAGAAAAUUAUGAGAAAAUUAAAGAACACAUCAAUAGCAUAGAUAAUGAGGAAUCUGUUGUAAUGAAUGUUUUAAAGGAAAAAACAUACGAUUGUAUACAGAAAACAAAAGAGCAAUUAAAAACAAUUAUUCAUACCUAUCCUAAUACACCUAUAUCUAUAUGCACACCUAACAAUGUAAUUGGUGGAUUACGAAACACAAUAACCUUAAUUACUGAUACUUCAAUUUUAGAAAAAAAAAAAGGAAUUUUAUUUAGAGGUAGAUCAGUAGAAAAAAUUUUAAAAGAUUUCCCAAAAUGGGAUUCAGAUUGUGAAUAUCCUAUGGCCGAAGCUAUGUUUUGGUUUUUAUUAACGAAGGAAAUACCUGCAAAAGAUGAUUUAAAACUUUUUUCAAGAGAAUUGUAUUGCAGAGCCAAAAAAAUGCCUUCAUUUGUUUUUGAAUUUAUAGAUAAUAUACCACCAUUUACCCAUCCUAUGAGUCAAUUAAUAUCCACAGUAUCCUUUUUAGAAUCCUUAUCCUUAUUUAAAUUCAAAUAUUCUGAAGGAAUAUUAAAAACUGAUUACUGGAAAUAUGUUUUAGAGGAUGCAGUUUCUUUAAUAGCACAAAUUCAAGUUAUUGGUGCAUAUAUUUUUAAAAGAACGUUUAUAGACAAUAAAAUAAAAAAAGGGGAAGGUAUGCAGUUAGAUAUUGAUCUUGACUGGUCAGCUAAUUUCAGUAAAUUAAUUGGUUAUGAUGAUAACCAAGUAAAAGAUUUAUUAAGACUCUAUUUUAUAUUGCAUAGUGAUCAUGAAGGAGGAAAUGCAAGUGCUCAUGUAUCUCAUUUAAUAGGAAGUACUUUGGGGAAUCCAUAUUUAUCCUUUUCUGGAUGUGCUAUAGCAUUAUCGGGUCCAUUACAUGGAUUAGCUAAUCAAGAAUGCCUAAGAUUUUUAUUAGAUAUAAAAAAAAAGUUAGGUGAUAAUCAGAUAACAUAUGGAUUCAUUGAAAAAUAUGCUAAAGAAUUUCUGAAUUCUGGUAGAGUUAUACCUGGGUAUGGCCACGCGGUUUUAAGAGUUCCUGAUCCUCGAUUUUUAGCUCUUAGAAACUUUGCUCUAACUCAUUUUCCUAAUGAUCCAUUAAUUCAAAUACUUGAAAUGUGCUAUAAAGUAAUACCUGGAAUUCUUUCAGCUACUGGUAAAGUUAAAAACCCUUAUCCUAAUGUAGAUUGUUACAGUGGUUCAUUAUUAUAUCAUUAUGGUAUUAAAUAUCCUGAAUAUUAUACAGUUCUUUUUGCCAUUUCUAGAUCUAUUGGUGUAAUGUCCCAGUUAAUUUUAUCUAGAGGGCUCAUGUAUCCUUUAGAAAGACCUAAAUCAGUAGACAUAUAUAGUUUAAAAAAAAUUUGUGAAAAAAAUUAUGUAAAAAUUGAAGAAUUUGAAUAA